AUGCCAGGAAAUUCCAUUGUCGACAACAUAGCACAAGCUAUUAGAUGCAGUCGUAAAACUAUCAUGAUCCUGACCAAAAACUUUCUGAGGAGUCAGUGGUGUUACUUUGAGCUCGAGAUGGCUAGGAUACGUUUGUUGGAGAACAGCGAAAAUCUCUUUAUCAUCGUGCUUUUGGAGAGGAUUACUACAAAGGAUAUGCCGCUGAAGUUGCAACAAGUCCUAAGGAAGAAAUCUUACAUCAGAUGGCCUAAUGACGAACCUGCUCAGCGACUGUUCUGGACCAAGCUUGAAACAGAACUACGAUCACCAAAUACUAUUAACUGA